AUGUACGCUUUGCCCAAAACCAAGAUGGAUCAGAGGUUUCAUGUUCUAAUGAUGGAAGCUUUAUACGGAGAAAAAGCAAAAACACCAACCUUGAUUGAGAAAUUGGAUCCUGAACCUGGAUUCAUUGACCGACACAUUCCGUACGAAAAACGUGAAGUCGAGAAAUUCAUGAUCCCAAAAUUCAAAAUUUCUUUUGGGGUUGAACUCACCGAAGCUUUGAAAGGGUUAGGGUUAACGUUGCCUUUUCAUGGAGGUUUUGUCACGCAUGGCAUGUACACGUACGGCCACGGCAAAAAGCGACUGAUUGUGGGAGUGUACGUCGACGACCUCAUAAUCACUGGAGGCGACGUGGGAGUCCUCGGAAGCUUCAAGAAGGCGAUGUCGAAAAACUUUGAGAUGAGCGAUCUCGAGUCAACAGGUUUGACGGAAAUGGUGGAACCUCAAGUGGGUGCGGAAGACCCUUUUGUUUCAGUAAUAUUGCAAAAGUCAUUCAUUGAGGUGAAUGAACAAGGCACAGACGCUGCAGCUGUUUCAGUUUCUCGUAUGCUUGGCCGUUGUCCGUCUGAUCUCACUGUCAGAAUCGACUUUGUUGCUGACCAUCCAUUUUUAUAUGUCCUCAGAGAAAAUACGACAGGAACUUUGCUUUUUGUUGGGCAGCUGCUAAAUCCUCUUGUCUCUAAAUAA